AUGCACGAAAAAAUGAAGAAGACGUUGCUCCUGGUAUUCAUCCACGGGUUCAAGGGGGGCGACGACACUUUCGGCGACAAGGACGGCUUCACGGAGCAGCUGCGCGCCGACGUCGCCGCCGCGCUGCCCAAGAUCAACGUCAACGUCGUCGUGUACCCGAAGUAUGAGACGCGCGGCGACCUGGGGGACUGCGUGAGCCGGUUCCGCGACUGGCUCCUUGAAAAGGUCAUCGACCUCGAAGUCGCCAAUGGCACCCCCUCGCCCACCGUUGACCCUUCGGUCCGUGUCGUGCUGGCCGGCCACUCCAUGGGCGGCAUCGUCGCCGCCGAGACCGUCAUCGGCCUCACAUCGGACCGGCCCAUCCACUCGGGGGACGACGACGGCGUCGAGAACAAGGCCGCCGCCGACGGCCCCUCCUCCUUCUCCUCCUCCCCGUCGUCCUCCGCCAUGCCCUCGCUCAACACACUCAUGUUUCCCUACAUCCAGGGCGUCAUCGCCUUCGACACGCCCUACCUAGGCAUCUCCCCGGGCGUCGUCGCCCACGGCGCCGAGGGCCACUACAACGCCGCCAACGCCGCCAUGACCCAGCUCAGCGGCCUGGGCACCGCCCUCUGGGGCGCGAAGCAGGACGGCACCACAUCGCCCUCGCCGUCGCGGAACAAGGCCCCCGUCGCCGCCCUCCCGGCCCCGCCCGCGAACGGCACCCCCCAGCAGCAGCAGCAGCAGCAGGGCGCCUGGGCGAAAUGGGGCAAGAUCGCCAUGGUGGCCGGCAGCGCGGCGGCCGUGGCGGCGAGCGCCGGCGCCGCCUACUACAACCGCGAGCACAUCACCCAGGGCCUGUCGUGGGCGACGUCGCACCUCGAGUUCGUCGGCUGCCUGGCCAAGGGCGCCGAGCUGCAGGCGCGCGCGCAGCGCAUGGCGCGACUCAGCCGGGAGCUCGACGUCGGCUUCGCCAACCUGUACACGCGCCUCGGCAAGGCCGCCGGGUCCAAGGAGGUCGGCGUCGUCGGCACCGUCCUGGGCCGGGACCGGACCUUCUGCAACCUACCCAAGAGGGGCGCCGCCGGCGUGUGGGAGGCGGCCGUGAACGACGCCGCCACGGAGGAGACGCAGGCGCACAUGAACAUGUUCGAAGCCAAGAAGAACCCUGGGUACGACAGGCUCAAGCAGGACGCGGCGGGCCUGAUUGCCCAGUGGACACGGAACGAGUGGUACGAGACGAGCGAAGAGGACAAGCCCGCGAUCAAGGAGGCGGGCGAGAGUGCGGCUGCUUAA